GCGUCUCUCUCCGGGUGCUGCAGAGAGAGGCUGCAGCCGACACACGUCUGCAGGCAAGUGGACAGGUCCCGGCAUUCGCUAAGGAAUCCAAUAAAAAACAAAAAACGGAUUUACAUCUAUUUUGCCGCUUUUCUUUUUUGUACCACUCCAGUCGUUUUUCUUUUUUAUGCGCGUGGAGCCGCGUCGCGCCAGGAAACACAACUAAGUGACUUGCAGGAUGAGAGCAGCCUGAGCAAGGUGGUUGGUUUCUUUUGUCGCCCGUCCGUCCCCCCCUUUUGCCUCCUUCCACACUUUUCACUGACUCGCGUGGACAUAUCGCGGCGCAGAGGAAUACUGAGAGGAGCGAUCCCGCGCAGAAGAACGUGAGUGACAAUGCGAACAGCUUGCACUUACUGCUGGCGCUUUUUACGCGCGUGAAAAUUCAGUGGUGCAUCGAGGUUUUUUUUUUUUCUUCUCCCCUUUCCUACAAGCACAGCUGAGGCGUCAUUUAAAUUCAUAAAGACGGAGAGCGAGAGAGAGAGAGAGGGGAAACUUGCUGCCUUCCACUGCAGCAGGAGUGAUGUAGAAGAAGUCGUUUGAUUCCAACAUCCAGUCGACUACAGUGAUUUUUUAUUUUUUUUUUGGUGGUCAUUUUGUCGGACACUUUGACAAGGGAGCAAUGAGGACUACUGGCGCAGUGGACUAUUUAUACUACUGCAUGCUCAUCCUGCAGUUUGUGCACCAGCCCGCCGCCAAGCAGGUGUUCCGCUACCGCCUGGCAGAGGAGGGACAGCCGGACGUGCGGGUGGGCAACGUGGCCGCCGACCUGGGCAUCGUGGCGGGCUCCGGCGAGGUGACGUUCACGCUGGAGUCCGGCUCGGAUUUUUUCAAGAUCGACAACAUCACGGGCGAGCUGGCCACCAACGAGAGACGGAUCGACCGGGAGAAAUUACAGCAGUGCCAGAUGAUUUUCGACGAGAACGAGUGCUUCAUCGAUUUCGAGGUGUCCGUCAUCGGACCGGCCCAGAGCUGGGUUGACCUCUUUGAGGGAAAGGUCAUCAUCUCAGACAUCAACGACAACACUCCUUCUUUCCCCUCGCCGGUGCUGACGCUGUCGGUGGAGGAAAACAGACCCAUCGGAACCCUUUACCUGCUGCCCACGGCCACCGAUCGGGAUUUCGGCAGGAACGGGAUCGAGAGGUACGAGCUCAUUCAGGACGCCGGCGAGAGCUCCAGGCGCGCCUCGGGAGACCCGUACUCGGGGAAGAGGCGAUUCGACGAGGGCGCCGGCAGGGGCGGCGGUGUUUUUGAGCUGCAAGUCGCUGACACCACUGACGGCGAGAAGCAGCCCCAGCUCAUCAUCAAAGGGGCGCUGGAUCGGGAGCAGAGGGACUCCUACGAGCUGACGCUGCGGGUGAGGGACGGGGGCGAUCCCCCGCGUUCCUCCCAGGCCAUCCUGAGAGUGAUGAUCACCGACGUGAACGACAACAGCCCCCGCUUCGAGAAGAGCGUGUACGAGGCCGACUUGCUGGAGAACAGCUCCCCCGGCGCCCCCAUUCUGCAGCUCAAGGCGGCCGACGCCGACGUGGGGGUCAACGGUCAAAUCGAGUACGUGUUCGGGGCGGCCACCGAGUCCGUGCGGAGGCUGCUGAGGUUGGACGAGAGCACCGGGUGGCUGAGCGUGCUGCACCGCAUCGACCGCGAAGAGGUGAGCCAGCUGAGGUUCACGGUGAUGGCCCGCGACCGAGGCCAGCCGCCCAAAAUGGACAAGGCCACCGUGGUGCUGAACAUCAAGGACGAGAACGACAACGUUCCCGCCAUCGAGAUCCGCAAGAUCGGACGCAUUUUCCUCAAGGACGGCGUGGCCAACGUGGCCGAGGACGUGGUGGUGGACACGCCCAUCGCCCUGGUGCAGGUGUCGGACCGCGACCAGGGCGAGAACGGCAUCGUGACCUGCACGGUGGUGGGCGAUGUGCCCUUCCAGCUCAAGCCGGCCAGCGAGAUGGAAGGCGAGCAAAACAAAAAGAAAUACUUCCUCCACACCUCGGCGCUGCUGGACUACGAGGCCGUGCAGGAGUACAACGUGGUCAUUGUGGCGGUGGACUCGGGCAGCCCCAGCCUGGCGAGCAACAACUCGCUGGUGGUCAAGGUGGCCGACACCAACGACAACGCCCCCGUCUUCGGCCUGAACGUGGUGGAGGUGUCGUUUUCGGAAAACAACGCCCCCGGCGAGCGGGUGACCACGGUGAGCGCCAGUGACGCCGACAGCGGCAAGAAUGCCGAAAUCAGCUAUUCCCUGGACCCGUCCGUCAACGGGAUUUUCUCCGUCGACGCAGACAGCGGCGACAUCCGGGUCAACGCCAUCUUGGACCGGGAGCAAAGCGAGCGCUACGAAUUCAAGGUGAUAGCGAGAGACAAGGGCGUCAACACCUUGCAAGGCUCGGCCACCGUGGUCGUCCUGGUGGCGGACAAAAAUGACAACGAGCCCAAGUUCAUGCAGGACGUGUUUACCUUCUACGUCAAGGAGAACCUCGAGCCGAACAGCCCGGUCGGCAUGGUUACGGUCAUCGAUGCGGAUAAAGGGCAGAACGCCGAAAUGAGCCUGUACGUCGAGGAGGAGGAGGAGAUCUUUUCCAUCGAGAACGACACGGGCACCAUUUUCUCCACACUGUCGUUCGACAGGGAGCAGAAGACCACGUACACGUUCCGCGUGAAGGCGGUGGACGGGGGCGACCCGCCCCGCUCGGCCACCGCCACCGUCUCUCUGUUCGUCAUGGACGAUAACGACAAUGCGCCCGGCGUCACCUUCCCAAUCAACAGCUCCUACACCCUCCUCCCGCCUUCCAGCAACAUCCGAACGGUGGUGAGGACGGUCAUCGCCACCGACAGCGACACGGGCAUCAACGCCGACCUCAACUACAGCAUCGUGGGCGGGAACCCCUUCCGUCUCUUUGAGAUCGACGGCGGCACCGGCGUGAUCUCGCUGGUGGCGAAGCUGGAGCAGAAGCACUACGGACUGCACCGCUUGGUGGUCCGGGUCAACGACAGCGGGCAGCCCUCCCAGAGCAGCACGGCGCUGGUCCACGUCUACGUCAACGAGACGCUUUCCAACUCCACCGUGGUGGAGGCGCAGGUGGCCAGGAGCUUGAGCACCUCCCUCAACACCAACAUCGCCGGCGACCCCAACUACGACCUGAGCAAACAACGCCUGAGCAUCGUCAUCGGCGUGGUCUCGGGAAUCGUCACGGUCAUCCUCAUCAUCCUGGUGGUGGUCACGGCCCGCUACUGCCGCCCCAAGAACAAGAACGGCUACGAGGCCGGCAAGAAGGACCACGAGGACUUCUUCACGCCGCAGCCGCACGACAAGUCCAAGAAACCCAAGAAAGACAAGCGCAAGCAGAAGUCCAAGCAGCCGCUCUACAGCAGCAUCGUCACGGUGGAAGCCUCCAAACCCAACGGCCAGCGCUACGACGGCGUCAACGAGAAGCUGUCGGACAGCCCCGGCAUGGGCCGCUACCGCUCGGUCAACGGAGGCCCGGGUAGCCCGGAUCUGGCCCGCCACUACAAAUCCAGCUCGCCGCUGCCCACCGUCCAGCUGCACCCUCAGUCGCCCACCGCCGGCAAAAAGCACCAGGCGGUUCAGGACCUGCCCCCGGCCAAUACCUUCGUCGGCACCGGAGAUAACAUUUCGCUGGGAUCGGACCACUGCUCCGACUACAGCAGUCAGACCAUCAACAAGUACAACAAACAGCCGUUUCGCCGAGUGACCUUCUCGGUGGUGAGCCAGCCCCAGGAUCCUCACCAGCAGGGAUCGCUGCAGAGCUGCUACGACAGCGGCCUGGACGAGUCCGAGACGCCCAGCAGCAAGAGUUCGUCAGGGCCCCGACUGGGCGCCCUGCCCCUGCCCGAGGACAGCUACGAGAGGACCACGCCGGAUGGCAGUGUCGGUGAGGCAGAGCACAUGGAAAAUGAUUCACGGCCUUUGCCUGACGUAGCCAUGACCGGCAAGUGCACCCGGGAAUGCGACGAGUACGGCCACUCGGACUCCUGCUGGAUGCCCGUCCGCACCCCGCCCGAGCGGCGGCUAUCCAGGUCCACCACCACCCCCCAACAACCAAAGCUUUCCACUUUCAUGAGCGGCGGCGGCGGCGGCAACAACGGCGGCAGCAGCAGCAGCCAAGAGCAGUCCGGCAGCCAAGAGACCCUCGCCAUGGCCGCCAUGGCUAACGGAGACCCCGCCGCCGGCCACGUGCUGGGCGACCGCAACCGCAACCUCCUUAGUAAGAAAAUGGCUUCUUCCUCGUCCUCCUACGAGGCCUUUGGCUCGCCGUCUUACGGCUCGCCCGGGGGCGGGGAGGAGACGCUGAGCCACCCCACCGAGGAGAUCCCCAUGGUGGCCACCGGGGAGUACAAGCCCACCUCCUGCGGCACCCUAACUCGACGGGAGGUCUACCUGUAAGACUACGCGCGGGAAGGAAAAGCCCACUACGUUAAUAUCCCCAAACCCCCCCUUGCAUUCAAUGAGGUCGGACUCCAAAGACUCAAAAUGUCAAGAAGGUGGCCUUUUUAAAAAAAAAAAAAAAAAGAAGAAGAAAAAUAAGCGCUACCACUGAGAUGUCAAUCUGGCGACUUGGGCUCUUGCAACGUGCUCUGCUGCCCGAGAGUCCGCCUGUAGAUUAAGCAACGUAUUUGACACACUGAUGCGACACGACAUGCAUGCAUCCACAUCCGUCACAUACACAUUGAGAAAAACGAAAAAAACAAAACAAAAAAAAAAAGACUUAUUUUAAAAGAGUGGCCAACUUCAACGUUUUGUCUGGAACUGGGUACUGCAACAUAGCGGCUAUCGGUCCGCAACAUUUCGAGCAUCCGUGGACUCAAAUACCGAAAACAAGGAGAUGUCGGCAAUGAUUUCAAAUAUUCUUCUGCCAAGACUCUUUGGCACCGGUGAUGUCACCGGCGACAUGGAAAAAUUGUACAGAGACACUCGGUACAAGUGUACAGGAUGCGCUAUAGCUAGCCUAGCUAGCUAGCGUAUCAACGGUUCAUGACGGCGCGCCGCCCUGAAAACAGCGUCCUGUUUUUUUGUUUUUUUUUAAAAAACAGCUUUGACUUCAUCGUGGGACAGACUGAGCAAUAAAAAUCAUCGAGUAAACAUUUGCCAUCAAUCAUCCGUCGUUACGAUUUUGGAACGAUUCCCCCUCAAAGCAUCGAAAAGCGACGCACAAGGAAGGAAGGGCACGAGAUGUCGCCGCGGCAUCCUUUGAGCACGAAUGUAGAAAUCAGCUCGAGCAAACGCAAAAACAAUCAAACGCAGACUUUAGAUUUGGAUCCUUUGUGUUUCACGCCAGACGCUGAACUUGAAACAUUCCACGCCGUGUUUUUUCGAUUGUCAAUCAAAAGGGGAUCAUCUGUUUUUCUUUGUUGCUGUGUUUCUGUUCGCUACGUUUGGAACGGAGUUGCAAUUUUCGCCAUUCCGGCUCUCUCUCGAGUGUGUACGACAUUGCUCCUAUACUUAGCAAGUGUGUACGUGAAUAUUUACUUUUCUACUGCACGCUUUAUGGAACUUACUUGGUUUAGUGAGAAGGAAGAAGAAAAAUUAUAAUGUAGACAAAUCCCCUAUUGUAACAUUGGAUUCCACCUUGUUGCUUGCUUACUUUAUAACUAAUGAAAACGUUAGCCGUGUACUCCGACUCGGUACGCCGGUUCCUCAUUCGGGUAUGGCAAAUUUUUAACAAGGGAUCUACGUCAUCGUCAUCACUUUGUUAACGACAGCUGAAAUUGUAGAGAUGAUCAUGAAAUUGUACUCGCUAUUUGAACUGCUGUUCUUUUUUCUGGUGCCACUUUGUAUCUUCAGUGCUUCUGAACAAAGACACACACACACACACCUAUACACACACACACAAAUGCUGAGAGUGAAUGCAAAAUUGCAAUUGUGCCUUUUUCUACCAAUCGGUAAGAGUCGACAUGGGGCACACGUUUCUUGCUUCCUGGAGAAUCGGCCGGUCGGGUGUCAGCGAGCCAAACUUGAACUGGGCUUCAACGAUCCAUUCCAAGUGCGGUGCAUUUCCCGGUACGGUCCAAGACUUGCUUGUCGGUAUCGAGCGGAACGAUGAUCAUUCGUCCGCUCGGCAAUUUAUCAGCCGCAUCUCGAAAUAUAUUUGUGAAAGUGAUCAAUCCCGUCGAUCGGGGAUGAGACGGUUGAGAUUCUCGUUGGAAUCUGUGCUGCCUCCAGAUAAAUGGACAAGUAAGACAUCAGAGGUUUUUUUGCAUGAAACGAGCUCUAGGGUUGAAUAUGGAGGCGUAGAAUGUUCAAGUUGUAGUUUGCCCCGCCCCCAACAAAUGCCUGGAGACAUUCAACUGCUUACAUGUGAGGGGGGUCCUCCAGAUGAAAACGCUGAACGUGCGGAUUCCACUCCAGCGCUGCCUGAGGUGCGUCCUCCACUAUCCACCACGUGUAUCCAGAUUUGUAAUAUUAACCAUUGCUAUUUGUCCUGCGACUUAGAUGUUGAUAUAGAAAUCGAGGAAACCUGACUUAUCAUCGUUAAAUAUAAAUCACUAUGCACGCAAUUUAGCUGAACAUGGCAACGUGUAUUGAACGCAAGUCCACUUCUAUUUAUGAGAUAUUUUAUGUAAGUUAAUUUGCUUUUGUACAGCUUUGUGUAAAUAAAUCGCUUGUCAAUUUUGUCCCUGCAAAAAUUAAAAUAUAACAUGGUAAAUCUUGA